AUGUUGCCAGACUUUUUGACGAGUCAGUAUCUUCAAUACAAAACAGAUACUGACAUUGUAGCCACAUGGCUGGCAAGUACUGCAAAACGAUGUGGCCUCGACGUGGGCCACGACAAUCAAGGGCCUGUGAAAAAACCGACUGGGGGUCGACUCAAAGGGAAAGCCAGGAAGGCUGCUAAAGCUCCACCAAAGCCCACCCCACCCAAUGAGAACAGCAAAAUCCCGAAGAAGCCCAAGUACACCAUCACUAUACGACAACCCCCCGUUGGGCCUGUGGAGGUCUCCCGAGGCUUCAGUCUUGCCCUCAACCGUGCCAUUUCUGCACGCCGCGAAUUCGGAAAACAUGGAGUCGAGGGGUCGAACAAGGCUGCCGAGAGCCACGGAUUCUUCGUGGACGUCCUUGAACGUGUCCGUGAAACCCUGCGCCCACUAAUGCCCAAGAGGCAAGCGGAUACUCGGGGAGUCGAGAAAGAUGAGAAGUUACUGGCCAAUAGAUUCGAUCGUCUUGAAUUGGAAGAACAAUCGGAAGCCUUCCUCAAUGCACCUGAUGCUCCUAAACCAGAGGCACCAGAGAAACCUACAGGUCCCUCGGCUCCAGAUGUCGAAGCGGAAGCCGACCUUGAAGCCGAGGUUGAUCUUGACCGUGAUGAGAUCAUUUUCAUGUUCCACCUCUUGGUCCUGGAUGCAAACUGCUUCAUGGAUGUUAUCAAAAAGACAUGGAGGGGAUACAAAAUUGGCCUUGUGGACCUUGUACCGGCUUCUAUGACUACCAACACCGCUAUCGAUCUCCUCCGGCGCAUGGAAGAGGAAAUGAAGCCUGCCCUUGAUAAGGCAUACUUCGCUGCCCGCUGUUUGCAGAUUGGGGAAGAUCCUGACUACAAAGAAAGGCCCCGUGAUGCCCUUAACUUCAAAGUUUACGAUCAAACGCAAGACAUUUUCGCCACAGCCUGGCAGCUUCUCCGGUCUUUCACGGCAAUAUGCGACCGGGACAACGCUCCAAUUUAUAAACCGGGCUUUUAUGGAACCUACGACCCUAAAAGCGACCGCGAAUCGAUGCCAGCAAGGGAGAAGUUCGCUGAAGAUAUGCAAAUCUUAACGGAGGCAUUUCCCGAAUUUUUCAUCCUCGGACUCUGUACUAGGGAGAAUUUUGCCGAAGAUGAGCUGUCGCGUGGUCUCAAGGUGGCUUUCGCUACUAAAGAACAUCCAUUCUGGCUGGUGUUUUCCGUGCAAGUCUUCCUAAACAUCCAUCAUGUCCUACGUGAUGGGGUUUCUCGGGCAUUCUCCGAGCUGCAGCGAAGCACGCUGACUAUGCGUAAUUCUAUUGAGUCGACUCUUAAGAUGCACGAAAAGCUCCGCGUCGAGAACUGGCCUCGAGAAAAUGAUAGAAUAUUGCGAGAAAUCCAAACAGAUAUGGAUUAUUGGUGCGGAGUGGAUCCAUUGCAGAUCGAAAAGAGACGCCUAGGUCUACCUACUGGGGAAACGUUCCGUCUUUUCCAAUGGCAUCCUUUGUUCUGUGGCUUGUUACUCUACCGCUUCAAAAUGUUGUAUCAAGAGGCAGGGAUUAUUUUUGUCGGGGCCUGGGGUUCCGUAUUGUACUCGCUUCAUCUGUACAACGCUCUACGGCAGGAAAAAUUGUUAAUAGCGCGAUGGGCUGAUCUGGACAUGUUGCAAGCAAUACACCCAGAAAGCUGGGUUGGCGAGCCUCCACGAACCCCGGAUGAGUACAUCAAACGGUUUUGCCUCAGUAUGGGAUACUCCGCGACAAACUUUGCUAAGAACCGUCGGAAUCAACGUCCCCAGGCCUCGAAGAACGGACCCAAGUGCCUGACAGAGCAGGGAGCUGUUGCUCUCAUGUUUAAGAAACGUUUUUGCCAUGGCUCCAAACAAAUUGACAUGACACGGGCAGAUCUACAAACCAUUGUGGACAAAGCCCAGUGGGGAGCAGAUAUUGACGGGGACAGCCCCCAUGGCAUUUUGAACGACGUUGUCCCGGAUCUUACUAGGAACCCCUCACAAAGGAGUCAGGGCCAUCAAUCCUAUGAAUCUACGUCCGCAGAAACAUUGCUUCUUAAACUCCAGCUCGCCUUACAAGGCGAGGUGCCAGAAAUUACGUUCGACUAUUUCGUCACGCACCGGACCUGUUGGCUGCUUCUGACUAAUAUCAAAAAGGCCUGUGAAGACCAGCUUCGCGAACUCUUCGGGACAGGCUGCAUUGAGAAGGAGAGCCAAUUGCCCUGGAUGAUUGGCUAUAUUUUCCUUGCGGCAAGUGGUGUUGACCAUGCAGCGAAUAUGGCUUCCAAGAAGCUGCCUGGCCAUGUGACAUCCAAGCUGAUGGUCACCGCUGCUACAGUUCUUGAUUCCAUGUUAGCAUCGGGAAUGGGGGCUUUGACAUGUAAAGUUUUGCGCGAUUUCCAUGGUAUCCACGUCAACGAGAAUUCUGAUUCUGAAUGA